GGAGUACAGUGCGAUAGAAUAGAGCGUAUCCGUAUCUUUCGACAGUGUUUCGAUCAUACUACAAGACUUUGACCAAUGCCAAGUCUAUCUCUCUCUCUCUCUCCCCCUCUCUCUCACAUGGAAAAGCAUAGUGAAAUAUUUGAAAAAAGAGAGACAUUUCCUGGCCAUUCUUAGCAACUGUUCUGUUGUCACUCUGGCAGAGUUCCUCUUGAUUCUUCACCAAAAGCUGUUCAUUCCCGUUUCGAACAGCAGGCCAAUGCCCUUGUUACUCUAGGAAUUGGAUCUCCGCCUUCGGCGAAAGGAAGACUCGUUUGCUUGAUUCCUGGAUUCUGACCAGUGCUUCCGAAUCUCGAGAACGGCUUCUUAGUUGCCACUUGCGUGCAUCUGAAUCUGCUGUUUGCGUCCUAAACGGGUUAAAUGACCUGAAUGUAGGUGGGUGGACUUAACUGUGAGAUGCAAUAAAAUUCUCGGGGAGAGAGCAAGAAAUAGAGAAAGAAGGGGCGAGAAGAGAGAGAGGGGAAAAGCGACAACGGUGGAUUGCAGCCCGUCGAAAGGGUUGAUAAUCAAGACAACAAGAUGCCGCGACUUGAAGAUAUAGCCUGGAAAUUCGUGAUUAGACAGGGCAAGAAAUGGCGUUGUCCUUACUGCAAAAUUGAAUACUCUGGAUCAGUCACAAGAGUGAAAAGUCACUUUCUUAAACAACCAAAAGAAGGGAUUGUCUCUUGCACAAAAGUGCCGGAGCACAUAAGCACGCUAAUGGAAUUGUUACAGAGUCAGGUUGAUAACAAAAAUGAUAUAGCCUGGAAAUUCGUCGAUAGACUGGGGGAAAACAAAUGGCGUUGUCAUCACUGCAGGGAUGAAUUCUUUGGAGACCUUACAGGAGUGAGAGGUCACUUGCUUGAAGCCCCAUAUAAGGGGAAUUCCAUUUGCACAGAAGUGCCAGACCACGUAAGAACGCUAAUGCGGUCUUUACUCGAUGAGGUGGCUGAAGGAGGGAGCAGAGACUUGGCUGAAGAACAGAGCAGAGAUGCGGAGCCACAGUCGCGUGACGUGCUGUCUCCAGCUUUUCCUCCGUCAUCACAAAGCUCGGAGAGGGCGACUGACAUGGAAAACUCCAACUAUGACCUAGAGUGUCGUUUUCAUGAGACUUCAGCAAUGCCGUCACUGGCACAAAAUAUCCUUGGUGAAAGCAUGUCAUGUUUGCCAAUGACUUUAGCGGGAGUGGAAUCGUUUCUUUUUGAUUUGCCAGAACGAUCACAAUGUUCCAUUCAAUCUCAAAUGCAAUUGAAUGAUCAGCAGACUCCAGCAGGGACAUUAGCAUCCCAUUAUGAUCAAUUACCUGCUGCAGAUAUGAACAGGGGUUCUCCAAUCAUGAACGUACGGAGGACACCACAACCUCGCAGAUGGAUGGAACAGGUGGUGCAGGAGGACAGGGCGGUCGACAUCGCAAACCUCCCAUCUGAUGGUGCAACAAAUCACUCUAUCGCAUCUCCCCUGCCAAAUUCAUUGCUUGAUGAUGGGCCAAAUGAACUGUUGCCCAUUUUACCUGGGUAUCUAACAUUAAAUCCACAACGGUAUCAACGUGCGUCAUUGCCAGCACAAAACCACCAGCUCCUUGAUAAUACUUUUCAGAAUGAGUCACGGGGGUCCAUUUUGCCUGGUCUCAUUGCAUCAAAUGCUCCACUCACUAACGUGGCCACAACAAACACUGCCCGGCAUUUUAAUCAACCAGAUCAGACCUUUCACAGGCAGUGUGAAGGUGGCACUGGCUUAUCUCCUCUACCGCUUUCCACGGACAUAGAGCCACCUCUUCCAUCACGACCUUUCAAUGGACCUCCUAUUAUUGAGCCAUUUAAUUCCCCUCUGCAGAUUCCAGAGGACAUCUUAAACACAACUGGCCCAUCAACACCGGAAGUGCAACCAGCUCUGGUGCCCCCUCAACAUCAAAGUGUUCCACAUCAAGCUCCAAAUAAUACUCCUUCAGCUCCUCAGAUUCAACGUCGUGGAACAGGUCUGAUAGUCCCAUCGUCAUUGCCAGAAUUAGAUAUGAGCAAGGGUGUGCCACUAACGAGUCACACAAACACAAACAACAACUUUGAAAAGAGUAGAGCUUUGAAAAGAAAAAUAAAGCAACUCUACAGUAGAGAAGCUGACAUAAGGGAUGAGUUAGAAUUUGCCGGGUCUCUAUCACUAAAGAAGCAGAAAAAGGAAGUUGAGAAUUGGUUGGCGGAUGUGGAGCAGCUCAGAAAAGAUUUUCAGAGUAUUGAAGCAACAAGUGAGGAUUGUUUGCCGUCACACCAGCAGGUGGAUACACUGACGCAACAAGCAGAAGACCUUAUGAAACAAGGCGAAUUCCCAAAAGGACUAUUUGGGGCGAGAAAGACCAAAGUCAAUAAGUUGAUAGAACGAAAGUUGGUGGGAGAGGCAUUUAAGAGAAAUACAACAAAGAUUUUGGAGUACUUAGUCGGGAGUCAAAUAUCCCGACUAGGCAUUUAUGGAAUGGGGGGUAUUGGUAAAACCACUCUUAUGAAGCACAUACAUAAUAGACUUCUCGAAAAAGCAAAUCAUGAUAAUGUGUUGUGGAUCACCGUGUCACAAGAUUUUAACACACAAAAGUUGCAGAACGACAUUUGGGAGGCACUAAAUUUAGGCAAACUACAAGAAAAGGAGGUGGGGCAACGAGCAGCAAUGUUGUCCGCUGUUUUAACCGAAAGAGAGAAGUUGAUCAUAAUCCUUGAUGAUGUGUGGGAAGAUUUCAAUCUUGAAGAGGUGGGAAUCCCUAUUAGAGAAGAUGGAAAUAAGUUGGUCUUAACCACUCGAUCCCUUGAAGUAUGCCGCCGGAUGCAAUGUCAAGAAAUAAAAAUCGAACCUCUAUCUCUAGAAGAAGCUGAGGAUUUAUUUUUUGAGGAGCUUGGAUCCAAAGUGGCCCUUAAUUUGGAAACAAUUGUGAAGUCCAUUGUUAAAGAAUGUGCAGGCUUGCCACUUGGAGUCAUCACGAUGGCAGCAAGCAUGCGAGGAGUGACGAAUGUGUCUGAAUGGAGAGAUUGCUUGGAGAAAUUGAAAGAAUCAGAUGCCCCAACGGAGAUGGAAAAGAGAGUCUUAAAGCAACUAGAAGUCAGCUACGAUCGCCUUGAGAAACGUGAAGUUCAACAGUGUUUCUUAUCUUGCGCACUUUAUCCAGAAGAUAAAUUGAUUGAUAAGGUCGAGUUGAUAGAAUUCUUUAUUGACCAAGGACUGAUUUGUGGAUUGAAUAUGAAUACGAGGGAGAAAGAAUAUGAUAGAGGCUUCACCAUAUUGAGCAAACUGGAAAAUGUUUGCCUAUUGGAAGAUUAUGGAGAAAACAUGAAGAUGCACGAUUUGAUUAGAGACAUGGCAUUGCACAUCAUGAGUGCAACUUCCAUUGUAAAAGCAGGAAAGUGGUUGGAAAGUAUUCCAUCUGAGGAAUAUUGGACAGAUGCUUUGGAGAAAGUUUCUCUGAUGGGAAACGAAAUAAGUGAAAUUCCAUUGAACAUGUCACCAAAUUGUCCUAAACUAUCAACUUUACUACUGAAUGGAAGCUUGUUAGAGGAUGCGGUCCUCCCUGGUUCUUUCUUCAAACAGUUAUGUGGGCUAAAGGUCCUAAACCUAAGUGACUGUGAACUAACAGAACUUCCAAAUUCCAUCUCAAAUUUGGUAAACUUGAGGGCACUAUUGCUUAGAGGGUGUUGGAAAUUGUGCUAUAUUCCUUAUUUAGGGAAGCUCACAUCUUUAAGAAAGUUGGACGUUGGUGGCUGUUUUAAGCUUGAAGAAGUGCCCAAGGGUUUGGAAAUGUUGGUGAACUUGAGAUACCUUGACCUACGUUUUUCAUUGACCGUUGAAUUACCUAAAAGAGUACUAGGGGGUUUGCUAAACUUGCAGCAUCUUAAAGUUCAUUUUCUAGAUGGACAAGACAUGACAAAAUUGAGGGCACUGGAGACACUCGAAUGCUCUUUUGAAGAUGCAAAUGAUUUCAAUAAGUGUGUGAGGGUUAUUGAACAAAGUAAUGCUCGCUGCUAUUAUUAUCUCUGUUAUUAUAUCGACAAAAAAUAUCAUUAUGAGGAAGAAUGUAAUAUUACUCAAAUUGAGAUUUUGGAGAGGGAAGUCAAAAUUUGGGGGUGGGAUCAUGCUAUUGUGAGUGUGGGAGGGGAAUGCACCGGCAUUUUUAUUUUGAUUCCCCAAGACGUGCAGAAAAUGACGAUUCGUUGCGACGGUAUAACAAAUUUGUCUAGCAUAGGUCAGCUUGAAUACCUUGAGAAGCUAUAUAUAGGAAACUCAAAAAACUUAGGGGUGCUCUAUGGAAGAGAAGACGAAGAAGUAAUCGACAUCUUUGCCCCAGCCCUUGCGCCUCUCCUCUUCUCGAGCCUUAGGGUUUUAACAAUAUAUGAUUGUCAGAAACUGAAGUAUCUCUUUGGGCAUGUGUUUAAAUCCAUCCUUCCGCAUCUACGAGAGAUAAGGAUACAAACUUGUGAGGAAAUGGUAGGGAUAAUAGCAGCAGUUACAUCCCCACCACCACAUCCGCUCCCAUUUUUCCCUAGUCUCAAAAAGAUAGAAGUUGUGGGGUGUGGUAAAAUGAAGAGAGCGGUGGAAUCUGAGUGGAUGCCCCACUUCCCUAAUCUGAGAAGUAUCGAAGUACUCGGAUGUAAGAAGAUGGAGGAGAUAAUCGGAGGUCCUCCCCCAUACUCGCCGAAUGAACAGAUUUCUCUCGAAUUUCUUCAAGUACGGUACUGCAAUAACAUGAGAAAGCUGCUUACGUAUGAGUGGCUGCCUCAUCUUCGAAAUCUUCAAAGUAUCGAGGUCACUAGCUGCAAAGGAAUGGUGGAGUUGAUAAGCGGAGAGGGACAAGGCCAAGAAGAAAGCAUAACGACUUCUGUAAACAACACUCCUUCAUCCUUCCAGCCUUCUUCAAUUUCUCUCCCAAAUCUAGAGUGUUUGAUGCUACGCUUUCUAGACCAGCUGAAGAGCAUAUACGAAGCCCCAAUAAGCUGUGAUUUCAUGAAACGAUUGUACGUUCACGGAUGCCCAGAACUGAAGAGGAUUCCUUUGCAACUGCGAUUGUGUGAAAUUGAGGAGCUUCCGUAUAUCUGGGUGGAAGAAGAGGAAAAGUGGAAGACGUUGGUGUGGGAUCAUCCCGAUGCUCAGGCUAUUCUUCGACCUUAUCUCCGAAAAGGGCCACACUGGUCUCCAAAUGCUAUAGUAUUGAACACCAAGUGAAAGCAUCUCCUGCGACUCCACUCUUGAAGAAAGAACCCUGCUGCUCGACCAUGCUUUCCUGCAAACUUGACUCAGGUUAGUCAAAAAGCAAUGGAUCUGAAGAUUUGGGAAGCCAAGGGAAUAGCAAAGUCUGUUUCCUAUCUUGUCUUAUAACUGAAAGGACAAUUUAUUAUUAUGGAUUGAUUUUCUUGGGAUAUUAGCCUUCUAAGAAAAGAGAGAAUUUUGUGCAGCACUACCUUUAAUCUGUUUUUGUUUAAAAAGGAUUUCAAAUAUGAUAUUGCUUUAACUUGUCGAUCGAAAAUAUUGUGUCAAAUACGCUGCUUUGCUCUGUUGGAUCAGAGCAACAUGACCCCAAUUAAACUUGUUUCGACGUUAAACUAUCGGGUAUAGAAUACUUGAUCUGCUUAGUAGUUGUAUCAUAUCUGGAAACGUAGGCCAGGAAGUUUUCUUUUCACCCUUUGUCAUACUUUGAAAUAGAAAUGUAAAAAGACAAACAAGAAAGAAUUGCACAGCUAUCACCCCUCUUUAAAUGCCUCGAAGUUGUGGAUAGAUGGAGAACCCUACAGCUUCAGCUCAAGUAACCAAAAAUCAGAGCAGUAACCACUAGCAAGUCAAUGGAAAAAAGGCCAGCUUAUAGGAUGUGGCACUUUUGAAAGUGUUUACAUUGCAAGCAACCA